CAACAACAAUCCUAAACAACAACACAGGAUGAGAUUCUCUGGUGCUCUUGGUCUCUUGUUAACGUUCAAAAGCGCUCGCGCCUUUUCGGUGCUGCCUGCCCCAUCCGCGGCGACGUCGGGCAAGCACGCCUUCUGUUACCCCGCCAGCACCGUCGUGUUGACCACACACUUGUACAGUCUCCUUGACAAUAUCAAAUCGGACUCAUACAAUCUCAUCAGCACCAACAACAAUCAGGGAGACGACGUCAACUUGUCCGAUGCCUACGAAAUGUUCGUCGCAGAUCUUGUCUUUUCCACCAACAACCCGCGCGUCGACGAAGUGCGCAUUGGACUCCGAGAUCUAUACAACAUCAUCAUUGACAUACAAACCCGCGUUGAAGUCAGCAAGUUGGCCGAACAACGUCAGGCCGUCAAAGCCGCUUCCGUAGAGCAAUGCCGGACAAUCCAGGCUCGUGCCAUUGAAACACAAACCAAUAAAGAAGAAAUGGACCACCAACAGGUCAAACAGAGCUUUUACAAGACGGAAAUUACGCCUGAAAUUUGUUUGAGCUACGAAGGGCUUUUGAAAACAGUCCUGCCCCUGUACAGGGCGGGUGACUUUCGGAACGUGUCCAUUCUUACCAGUAUCACAAAAGCACAGGUGGUUGCCGCUCCAGCAUUGUGGUUGGAGCAAAAGUGGCUACAUGAUUAG